AUGGAAUCUACAAUUCUAAAAUUCAGCGUAAUUGCGUUCGGCAUCGAGAUUCUGUUAAUGCUCGGCGGCUUCAUAUCCCUGUGCUGCUAUUAUCGGUUCAACGAGAAGUUAAAUGCAAUGUUUUACAACCGGUUGAAGCAAGUGGAAAAGGAGUGCAAGUGGAAGCUGGACGCGUACGACAAAUUAAUCCAGAAGGAAAAACCGGGGGUAUCGGUAAAAGGACCCGGAACGACGGCGACCGCCCCCAAGACGCCGGCCCCCCAGACCGUCCCGGCCCCGUCGGUUGGUGGGGAGAUGAACAUGGAUGACGAGAUUGACAAGCUGCUCGACCCCCGCAUGUUCAUCCAGGAGAUGCCGCAGUCGAGGGAGCCGCUCCCACCCGAGUCGAAGAAGGGCGGCAAAGCACGCCAACGAGCUCCAUCCCUACAGGCACAGGCGACAAUGAAUAAUAGUCACAAAGAAACCGUGGUGACGCCGCUGCGACUAUCGAAGGAGAAAGCGGGCGACGAGGUGACGCAGUUCACGGUGGAGAUGACAUGCGAAGACGGCUCGGACCGGGCGGCCGUU